GACUUGUCUCAAUGUGAUAAGUCCACCAACUCCAUUUUACCCAAAGGCUCCGCGACACAUCAGACGGCACCAAACUUUUGAAACCCACUAAAUUUAUUUCUUGGGGAAGUCUUCUUUUCCAAAUCGAAUUAAUUUCUGUCUUUAUUUUUACAAAUUUCAGAAAAAUUGAUGGCGGAACACAGUACUAGAAAUCAAGAUACAAUGUUUCAUGCAGCGGAUUAUCAUCAAACAGACGCUGAAACAAUUGCCUGGAUUGUGACGUUAGCUGUUGUGGGUGCCUUAGCAAUUGUCAUAAACCUCUUGACACUGUACACGUUUCUCUCAGCUACAGCGCUCAGAUCUCGUAAGCAUGUAAUGAUCAUGAACCUCGCUGCGGCUGACGCUUUGUUCGGAGUCACUGGAAUACCAGUUUACCUAGUUUAUCUAAUUCGACCACAGUUGACUUUGUUUUACGUAUGGGUGAUGGCGAGCAGGUUCUGCAAAGUAGCUUCACUUUUUACUGUCGGUGUCAUCGCAGUGGAAAGGAUGCAUGCCAUUGUAUGUCCUCUGCGGCACAAAACUCUCUCAAGGCUGGUCUUCAACAUCACCAUCGCAUCAAUUUGGAUUUGUGCAUCUGCAUUAACAGUGAGCGGGUUGGUUGUGCUUUUUCGUAACGUUGACAUUAUAACCUUUCUUUCACUUGCCUCUGUAUUUACUCCCGUUUUGACUAUUACUGUGGUGUUAGUCAUUGGUUCGUGUUACAUCUUCAUUUGGGUCUCCUACAAGCGUCGAAGAUUUCAUGCGAUCAAUCCUUCAACCAUUCGGGAACGUUCGUUGGCUCUCACGCUACUACUGGUCAGUGGUGCCUUCCUAGUCACGUGGUGUCCUCCCUUACUAUAUCUAUCAGUUAUUCCGAAUUGCAUAGACUGCAUCCAGCCUAAUAUACAAAUCUUAGACUGGUUUGUAUUGGUAUUUGGAAUUCAGUGUCUGGUUAACCCUGCCAUUUAUUGCUAUCGACUGCCUCUGUUUAAAGUCAGUUUGAAAGCGGUUAUCAAAAGAGUGUUUGUGAAGUGUUUCCAUCCGUGUUGCAAUACGGCACCCAAAAACUCCUCAAUUCGUCCCGGUGACCAAAAGGUUCAGGAACUACAAAAACAGCCAAAGGUUGAGUGUAAUUGAUAUGAAAGUGACUUUGGAAGGCUCUAUCGCUGUGGAAAUAGAGGCUAGAAGUCUUACAUAGACAUUUUUGUGAUAACCCUCAUUUUCCAUUUAUAAGGGGACCCUCUGGUUGAAAUCCAUCAAAAGAAGAGAUCACUAGUGAUUUGAUCAUAGCAUCGCAACUGUUCUUAUUAAACUGUUAAAAUUUAACAGAAAGCAAGUGGACGGCUCUUUGUAUCGGCCAAUGUGAAAACUUCGCCGUAUUUGUUUAAUCCUGAUUAAUUAUUAACACAACAAAGAAUCAACCAUUUUUCAAGCUAUCUUCAGCCCUCGUAAACUAAAUGUACAAAAUACAUCCAAUUGAACUGGUUUCUAGCAUCAUGCAUCUAUAUAAGAUGGAUUAUAAGCUACUUUAGAGGGAAAUCGGUUUCGACUCUUGAUUUCACCAUGGUACUAAGAGCCUUUCGAGAAAAGUUAAACUUGUCGAAACUCAGUUGUUUUGUAAGAAAAAUGGAAUUUCGCUCAAUUUUUGCAAGGUAUGUCAAAUUAAAAACAUUUACAACAAAUUUGGUAAUGACUGCACAAAAACAACUUGAGCAAUUUAACCUUAAUAGUUAUU